AUGGACGACAACGUUGUAUGCAUUACGCAGCUAAGUUGCAUAAAUAAAUUCUCUCCUAUCACAGAUUACAUAUACCCUCCUAAUUUAAACCCCGAAAAAUACUUCUUUCCCCUGGAAUUUCCUGGCAUAGACUUCGCAAAGGGCAUUGCCAGCACUGAAGAUGAGUACAGGGAAUGCAUAUCGCUGUUACCUCACUUUGCAUUUGCUGAUAUGAACUUUUCUAUGACUGCAGAUGUUUUGUACAUGAUUUUACCUGCAUCCACGGGUAAAUUCCUUUAUGCCAUUAGCUACUACAGGAGGUUCAAUUCGUUCCAUGUGAAAGGGAAUGUAAAAGUACCAGUAAUACUCUGGAAAUCAGUAUGUUUACUGUUCAAAAUUCCCUUUUUUGGUGCAGUUUCGGCACGAUUGAAACCGGUGGUACUUUCUCACUUUACCAAUAUUGCGUCGCCUGAUAUGAAUAUGUUGGAAGAUGCCUUUCAUCACAUUAACAAUAGUUUGAACAGCAAUAAUUUUCAAUACGAGGAUUUAUUUUUCGACCUUAGUAACAAUGAAAAAUCGGCGGUUAUGAUUUUUAAUUCUGCAUUACUUUCACUACUGGUAAAAUCUAUCUUACUAGAGCGCAGGAUUGUGCUAUACUCAAAAAGUGCUUUUUCUGUAUCUUCCAACAUUUUGGCCAUACUGGGAUUGAUACCAGCGGCUCUGACUCUUGGGUUUCCCGCUAAAAACUUUGGUCGUGACUAUUUGACUUGGCAAAGAUAUGGACUACCCCUUAAGAUCUUCCACGAGAAUAACCCCCUAAUGCUUCUCUGCCCUAGAAAUAUGAUUGGGGUUGUUUCCACUAAAAAGAGUUACCUUAUUGGAAUAACUGACUUUGAUUCAUUUGAAAAACUGGAAAAACCUGUUGACAUGUUGAUUGAUUUGGAUAAUACACUAAUCAACAUUUGCAAUUACAAUAUAUACUGGAUUACUUAUCUCACGUUUCACGAGGAAUGCUUUUUCAUAUCAUCCAUUUUCGAUGAAGAUUUGUUUAAAGAUGUCAUUUGUGCUGCAAAGGAAUCAUCGCGCAUUGCCAUAAACUUGAUCAGGUCUGCUGUAUCUAAAUUACCCGCUAGUUUAAUAUCACUGGCAAGAUUUUCUAUUAAAAAUAAAAAUGACUCGUUAGAUCACUCAGAAAAUGAUGAAAGGGAAUCUAUUGUGGAAUUUUUUGACAAACUAUUUCCAGGUGCCACACCUAGGUGGUUAAAAAAGGCGAUCGAUAUUACUUCACCUAAACCAGUGCGCAAAUCCAAGCAAAAAUUGCAGAGCGAUUCUUUUCGGCUACCUUAUGCGGACACAAUGGGAAUAUUAUCUAACAGAGAUAAAAAUGAUAAGUCUGAUAGAUUAGGCGAACAAGUUAGAUCAAAUAUGAUCAGGAGUAGAGAUAAAUCAGAUAGGGACAGUAAUAAAGUUAAUAACUCAAAAUUAUCACGUUCAAUCGCCAAGAGUAAUUCGAAAUCAUCUGAAAACGAACUAAAAACUAUCGCAGAAUUUGAGUCGCGCAUUAGACUUCUAAAUGAAUACGUCUUUGACCUACUACACAAAAUAGCUUAUAUUGCCACAAAUGAAAGGGAAAUAAAUUACAUUUCUGCCAUUGUUGAUUUUGAUUUGAAUAAAUCAGUAGAUGGCAUUGGGUAUAUGUUCAUUUCAAUGAGAACGCUGGAUAUGGAUGUGCAAAAUGAGUUGUCUAUUGAAUUGAAGAAGAUUCGACUUAAGAAUGACAAUUUAACGUCGAAUUAUGUUGUAGAUUCAUCAAAUUCAGAUUUACAAAACAAAAUUUAUGAAAAGUGUUCUGACGGUGGAUCAAUUGAAGAGUUUAACCCCAAUAAAUCCGAAGAUACAAAAAAUGUUAAAGACUUAUUACCUGAUCAUAACAAACUUAAUGGAUCAGAUUUGGACCCUAAAAAAUUUCACAACAUUCAUAAAAUUGAUGAGAAUACUGAUAAAUCCCAAAUCUGUGCUAAUUACCAAAAUUCUACUAAAAUUUACAGUUCAGAUUACGAACUUAGUGAAGCCAAUAAUCCCCUAGAUAGAACCUGCCAUACACCCAUAGAUUUCGACGAUGAAGUACAAAAAAACAGAUUCAACGACAUAAAAUACAAAUACAUACAAAGGUAUAUCCCCGAACUACUUGCCGAUCAAAUUUAUGAAACCCAAAAUGAUUUCUCUUAUGCCUUUUUAAAGUAUUGGAUUGACACGACGAAUGCAAGACAAUUCAUUGAGACACACAAUUUACCAGAAUUUUCAUUGUCAAACGCCGAUCACGCUGGUACUUACGGUAAAAUCAAAACAUUUACUUAUUCCAAUGGCGAUGAAUAUAAGGGCACAACUAGGCACAUGUUAAGACAUGGACAAGGGAAAUAUUUAAGCAAAAAAGGCACUAUUUAUGAAGGGGAGUGGAAGAAAGAUAAAAGAGACGGACAUGGUGUACUAAAAUCUAUGAAUCCACUGUUCUAUUACUCUGGAAAUUGGAAAUGUGACAUGAAGAAUGGCUUUGGGCACCUAAAAACUGAAUUUAUGGAAUAUUGGGGCCAAUUUAAAGAUAACCAGUUUAACGGUUCGGGGAUAAUUGUCCAAUGCAAUGGCACUACGUAUGAGGGGGAGUUUAAGGAUGGCCGUUUUCACGGCCAGGGAAAGCUUUUGGAAAGGGGAUUAAUUAAGUUAGGCGAGUUUAAUCAGGGUACAUUGGUGGGCACAGCUAGUGUAAUAUACCAAACUGGUUGUAUAUAUAUAGGUAAUGUUGAGCACGACAUACCUAAUGGCAUGGGCUAUAUGUGCUAUGAUGAUGAUCAUAAUUUUCACGGUUCUUGGAUUAACGGUAUACGAUUUGGCCAGGGAGUUUUAUGCGUUAGGUAUACGGGAAACCAUGAAGAUAAAGAUCUUAAAAUCCCUGAAGAACAGAUAUAUACUUUAGAUACGACAACUUACAAACUUAAACAGGCGACAAUGGCCCUGAAAACAUCUCAGCAAACAUUCACUUCUGGCUGGACUAUAGAAGGCAAUUGGAAGGAUGACAAUAUAAACUUAACUUAUCCACUCACAAUAUUAUUCCCCAAUGGCGACAAGUACAUAGGUUCUAUGUCACUCGUUGACAUAGAACAUGUUUUAAAGCUGCUAGACAAGGAUAACCCUAGUAUUGCUGAUAAAGUAUUAUUGCCUCAAGGAAAGGGAAUGUUUAAAUGCGCUUCCACAGGGGAAGUUUAUGAUGGAGAAUGGCAUAUGGGCUUUUCCCACGGACAUGGCAAAUUCCUAUUAAAAGAAGGCAUCAGUUGGGAUGGGGAACUAAAUAUGAAUUUAUUCGGUCAAUGUGGGAAAUUAACACUAAAUGACGGGGAAAAUAUCGACUUGAAUCUUAAGUUAUCAAUCACACGCGAACAGUUGAUCGAAAUAGGAAACACAAGAGCCAUAGUUGAACUUUCUAAUAAACACAUAAAAUGUGCAAACUCACCUUUCUUGGAGACAUGCUUAAAAUACAACCUAUAUGAAGUGGGAUUUAUGAUGAAGUCUAAGGUGGCAUCUGAUAUAUAUGGAGAGUUGGUGAGGUAUUCCCUUACUAAUAUUGGCUCCUCCGCCGCUACUUGA